AUGUCAGUGAAAGCAUUGCUCAUUGAUUUGAGUGGCACUAUUCAUAUUGAUGCCAAGGCCAUUCCUGGCGCAACGGAGGCUGUACGCAAGCUGCGAGCAAGCAAGAUUCCGUUUCGCUUUGCAACCAAUACGACCAAGACCUCGUCAAGUAAGCUGGUAGACAAGUUGAAUGCCAUGGGAUUCGACGUCAUUGAAAAUGAAGUGUUUACAUCGCUAUCGGCAUGUCGCGACCGCGUCAGUCACUUGAGGUUUGAUUUUGUACCUCUCUUAUUGAUGGAAGAUGCAGCUCUCGAUGAGUUCAAAGGCAUCGAUACAAAAGAUCCAAACUGCGUAGUGGUUGGAUUGGCCCCUUCCAAGUUCCGCUAUGACCAUAUGAAUGAAGCUUUUCGUCUUCUUGUCCAUAACCCCUCCAUGCCGUUGAUCGCCGUGCAUAAAGCCAAAUAUUUUGCAGAUAAAGACGAACAACUAUCGAUGGGACCAGGCGGAUUUGUGGAGGCGUUAGAGUAUGCUACGGGUACCAAGGCAACCGUGGUUGGCAAGCCCACAAAAAGCUUUUUUGAGUUGGCACUGAAACAAAUUUUUGCGUUGUUCAGUGGAAUGCAGGAUAGUCCAGAAAACGUGGCCAUGAUUGGUGAUGAUGUCAAUAAUGACUUGGGUGGCGGUGCCUUGGAACUCGGACUACAUCGUUACCUAGGCAGGCAUCUUAUUAUAAUGCGCACGGGCAAGUAUCGUCCAGGCGACGAGGAUAAAGCUGAUAGCACGAAUCUCGUUGUAUUUGACUCUGUAGUGCAAGCUAUCGAGGAUGUCCUCAAAUCCAUAGAAAAGUAA